AUGGCCGACGCAUUGAUAGUAUUGGCGCUUUGCUUUUCAACUGCGACCGCAGCGAAAUGUACAACUGGCUUCUCAGUGGUAGCCCCAGAGGUAGCUGUACCAGGCAAGACAACAGCAGUGCUUGUCACACUACACGGCAGAGAGGGCGCCGAGUUAGAUCCCCUAAAUGUCACUGUCAAGUUGGAAACUCAAGACACUCAUAAUGACGUUAAAUUACUGAUGACAGCCAGUCAAAUGAUAACAGGUUACGGCAUCAUUCCACUCAAGAUUCCUUUAUCGCCAGCAUCACACUGCACUCUUCACACGACAGUAGGCUGUGUCGGGAUCGAAGACUGUACUGCCAAAAGCCAUAGUGUGAUCAAGCUGCUGGGACCUGUGCGUGAUGUAAUCGUCAGACCUGCUCGACACCAUUAUAGACCUGGGGAGACCAUUACGUUCUGGAUAUUGGCGUUGGACCACGACCUGCGUUUGGUGCGAAAUGAACUUGCGUACGUCGCAUUGAAGAACCCGGCCGGCACCAAAGUGGCAAUAUGGGAGCAGUUGUCUUUGGAUGAGGGUGAGUUUAUUAAAAAUAUAUGA